GCUUGGCGACGGUCCCGCCGUGUUCUGGAUUCGAUGCAAUGGCGGCGCUCACGAGAUGGAUCCAUUCAUGACAUUUUUCCCCGGCUUUUAACGUGGAUCCAGGAGUGCCCCGUUUUCAACGUGUGAAGUUAACCGGUUCCUAGAUGUCUGCGCUCCACACCUCCAGCCUGUUACUGGCACUGAGGAGAUUGAAGUAUGGACCUGCUCUGGCCGCUGCUUUUAGUCACGGCCACAGACUGCACUCGACUACAUCCCCUUCCUCUUGGACUAAGGUGGUGUCUGAGGCAGAGAAGAUCGUUGGGUACCCCACCUCCUUUAUGAGCCUGCGCUGCCUGCUCAGCGACGAGUUGAGCAACAUCGCCCUUAAUGUCAGGAAAUUGGUCGGGACUAAGCAUCCUUUAAUAUCUACAGCCAGGAGGUUUAUUUAUGACAACAGGAACAAUCUACAGCUGCGUGGUUUGGUGGUCUUAUUGAUGUCAAAAGCAGCUGGACCAAGUAAAACAGCAGAUCCCCCAAUGGAAGGAGACCUGGUCAGUGGAAUUUACCCCAGUCAGCGAAAUUUGGCAGAAAUUACUGAACUGAUCCACACAGCUUUCCUCGUUCACCGUGGCAUAGUGAAUAUUAUGGAGCUGACCGCUUCACAUGGACCAUUGAAGGACAUGCAGUUUGGCAACAAGAUGGCGGUACUGAGUGGAGACUUCCUUCUGGCGAAUGCUUCUACAGGGUUGGCACAAUUACAGAACACGCAGGUUGUGGAGCUUGUAUCAAGCGCAAUUGGAGACUUAGUUCAAGGUGUUUAUUACGAAAAUUCUGGAUUUGAUGAGGAGAAGGUAACAGAUGACAUCCCGAUGACUAAGUGGGCGAAGCGGACGUUUCUAUCUCACGGAGCCCUGCUGGCCAAGUGUUGCCAGGGGGCAAUGCAACUAGCCAAGCACGACACUGCCCUUCAGGAGAUGGCCUUUCGCUAUGGCAAGCACAUGUCUUUAGCCCACAAGCUGAAUUCCGACCUUCAACCGUUUCUUGAGGAAGGUUUUGGUGAUUCCGUGCCUUUUAACCUGAACUCCGCUCCCAUAAUAUUACAUCAGGAGACAUCUGGUCGGGACACUUGGAUUAAUCAACUGAAACAGACCAAAACAAAUGGGAAACAACCUGAUUAUGCUAAGCUGCGUCAAAUAAUCAAGGCUGGCAAAGGUGUGAGUUCAUCUUUUGAACUGUGCCGUCACCAUGGAAACCAGGCGCUGGAGGCCCUGAGAAGCUUUCCCACUUCUGAAGCGAGAUCAACUUUGGAAAACAUCAUUUACGCAGUCCACAAAUUUUAAACCGUGAAUCCUAGUGGAAAAAUCAAACUAUCGCAAACCCGCGUCAGCGGAAGCGGCCACCUUCCUUCGUUGGGAAAAAAAAAUCAAGGUUUAGUUAGUACUUAGUUUUAGUUUAGUUUAUUGUCACCGAGGCACAGUGAACCAAAGUGCAGUGAAAAGCUUUUGUUGCGUGCUAACCAGUCAGCGGAAAGACAAUACACAAUUACAAUCGAGCCAUUCACAGUGUACAGAUACAUGAUAAAGGGAAUAAUGUGAAUAACGUUUACUGCAAGAUAAUGCCAGUACAGUCCGAUCAAAGAUAGCCCGAUAGUAGUUCAGGACCGCUCUCUAAUUGUGGUGGGAUGAUUCUGUUGCCUGAUAACAGCUGGGAAGAAACUGUCCCUGAAUCGGGAGGUGUGCGUUCUCACGCUUCGAUAUCUUUUGAUUGAGAACGGAGGAAAGAUUCAUUCUUUUAAUCACAGUGAGUUAGUGUGGGCUUCCCCUUCUCUCUCAUAUCCUCCUGCGAGAGCGGGAGAGAGAGAGAGAGAAAGAGAGAAUUUUUUUUUUUUUGACAGAAAUUUUGCAGAAAGGUCAAACCAUUUUCCCUUGUCAUGCCAGAAGCACACUGGAGGCUGCAAGGGAAGAAAUAAUUAAUGAGUUUUUGCUGCUGUGACCUCAGUAAAUGGACAGGAAAUCAGGCCGUAUUGAUUGGAGCCGACCUAGGUUGGCGCCACUGUGGUGGCCUGUGGUUUUUUCCACACUACACUUGGAGGACAGGGGGGGGGGAAUGAAGACUGUGGGUGUUACAAGGAACACUUCUCAACACGCCUGAUAGACCUGCCACGUCAGGGCACCCUCCAAUCUAUCAGCCCUCGGGCAAUUAUUAGGUUAAAGACUUCACCCAAGGUCGUGCAAAUAAUUCCUAUUUGUGAAGUGUUAGGGGGGAUUUUUUUUUUAAAUUUCGAUUUAAAACCGUCCUUAGAAAGUUGCUUGAGUGGGGAAAGAAAGAUGUUCAUUUGAUUACAUCAAUCCAAAGAUGUACAGGUUUGUAAGUUAAUUGGCUUGGUAUAAAUUGUAAAUGGUCCGUAGUGUGUGUAGGAUAGUGUUCGUGUGCGGAGAUCGCUGGUCGGUGCACACUCGGUGGGCCGCAGGGCCUGGAUCUCUAAACUAAACUAAUUUAAACCGGUCCGUGGACACUUGUACGGAAUAUCACUUUAUGCACACUUUUACAAUCAAGAAUUGAUUAAUUUUUUCACCAGCUUUUUUUGUUGCAGCUGAUGUGUUAUGUAGGGUUUCCCUAUUUAUUGGGAAGGACUUUCAGACAGAUAUUACACUUAAAACGGCAACAGUAAAUCAAUAAUUGGUUUGUGGCAAAAAGAAAUUUAGCGAAAAUGCAUCAUUUGUUGAAGUGUCCAUUUUAUAUGCUUCAAAAGUUGCCUUUCUCUAACUUCGACUGUUCAUGGCUUUAGCCAGAAGGUAAAAAAAGAAUGAUUUUGUAAUAAAAAAACUUUUAAAAAUGUAAAA